GUCUCCCUCACACACCGCUCACACUGGGACCUUCACAUUUGAAGCGCUCCUCAGCGGAGUUACAGAAGUGGGCUAUACUGCAUCUGGCAGAGGAAGAAGUGAGAGGAAAAAGAGGAGGAGAAGAGGAAAAACUGAGUGGUCAAAAGCAUAGAUGGUGGAAAAACCGCUGUUGGAAAUAGUGAGGCAGAGAAAGUGAGUGAUACGAGAAGAGAGUGAGUUUAGAGCAGCUGAGCAGAGGAGAGGAGAAGGGGUUUAUCUUUAUUUUACAUCACACAUGGAUUGGACUCAAAAACAGCCCGGUGCUACGUGUUCCUAUGACAUGCUGAUGUUCCAGUAACCGAGAGGAGGAGCGAGAAGGAAGUGGAGGAGAGAGGUGACAUAACCAGGAGUUCUUGUUGAAUUGUUUGAGUUGAAGGAGGGACGGUGAGCUUAACCUGGAGCUGCUAGUGGCCCGAUCACUAUGAGGGAGCGGAGCUUUAGCUUCUCACAGUGGAGGAAGAUCCGUAACAGAGCGAGUACGACUGCCGAGGAGCCUGACGAAGGCGCACUGGACUCAACAACGUAAGAAAGAAGAGAAGCCGGUCAGUAGGACGGGAGGAGGGAAAGAGACGAUAGACGAUAGACGAUAGACGAUAAAGUUAAGGACAUACUAAGGAAGGCGAUUAGAUGGAUGAAAGAAGUGCGAGAGGCAGAAGGUGAGAAGUGAGAGUCAAAUGAGAAGUCAAGCUUGAGAGUGAAAGGUAUAAGACAGAAGAAGGAGAGUAAAAAUCUAGACGGAUCCAGAGGAUUUGUGCUGUCAGUGUUUUGGAGAUCAGCUGAAAGAAGCAGCAGUCGCGAUGUUCAUGAACUUCCGGCGUAUCCACAAGUGCCAGUGCAUGCGGCUGCUGACCACGGGCCUGGUGCUGUGUGUGGUGAUGGUCUGCUGGGACGAGCUGGACCACCAGGUGGUUAGCCACUUGAGGUCCUACACGUACCGCUACCUGGUCAACAGCUACGACUUUCUGAACUCUUCCUAUGCCCUCACCUCCAACAAUCAGCACAGAAAGGAUGCUUCUAAUGACGUGGACGGUGGGUUAGAGAACUAUCCGUACCUCAUCAACCACCCGGGCAAAUGUGGAGGUGGAGAAGGAAAAAGCCCACAUGACGUCCUCCUGCUUCUGUUCGUGAAAUCGUCGCCAGAGGGCUUCGAGCGCCGCCAGGCCAUCAGGGACACGUGGGGCAACGAGAGCUUCGUUUGGUCCGAACUGGGGGUGAGCGUGAGGACGGUGUUCGCCCUCGGCGUGCACUCGGAUGUCGGUCGGAGAUCCAGGGUGCAGAGGGCGCUGCUGCAGGAGGACCAAGCCUACGGGGACCUGAUCCAGCAGGACUUUUUGGACACCUUCCACAACCUGACCACCAAACUGAUCCUGCAGUUCCACUGGUGCCACGAGUAUUGCCCCCAGACGCGCUUCGUCAUGUCCGCGGACGACGACAUCUUCGUCCACAUGCCCAAUUUGGUGAAGUACCUGCGGCAGGUCCUGAGCAGACCGUCGGGGGCCAAAGACCUGUGGGUGGGGCACGUGCACAGAGGAUCCCCUCCGAAUCGCCGCAAAGACAGCAAAUACCACGUCCCCUAUGAUCUGUACCCCUGGUCUUCCUACCCAGACUACACUGCUGGAGCCGGGUACGUGGUUUCAGGGGACGUGGCCGCAAAGAUCUACCACGCGACCCUGAUGCUGAACUCCUCCAUGUACAUCGACGACGUCUUCAUGGGGAUUUGCGCAGACGCCAUGGGGGUCUCUGCCCAGGAGCACAUGUACUUUUCAGGGGAGGGCAAGGCUCCGUACCACCCCUGCAUCUAUUAUCACAUGAUCACGUCGCACGGUCACGCCACGGACGUGCGCUCACUGUGGCAGAAAGCAACAGACCCCACAGUGUACAGCAAGAGAGGAUUUAUGGGUAAUCUGUACUGCACGGCGAUGAGAGUGAUGCUGCUGUGUCGGCCAUAUUACCAGAACACGUACUCCUGUUCGGCUGCUUUUGCCUGACUGUUGAAUGCUGAACGUACUGUACCACACAAACAAACGAUGGUACCUCACACAGAACAGUCUGCCAUGUUGUUUUCCUCCUUCGUGUUCUGUUUCGCUGUUUGCUGGCUGUCCUAUGUACAUGCUCUCUUGUAAUAAAGAUCAAAGCUGGUCUGUUAAGCAAA